UCUUCUCCAGCUUCAUCUUCAGCUUUAUCUCCAGUCUCAAGCCGAUCGUUCAUCUAUCAUCGCAAUGACGAGCACGAUAACAGACGAGGAGGAGACACGCCCACGACGAUACAACCCGCUCAUCAACCCGACGCACACCCGUCCGAUCCUGAUCAACGAACACACAAACGACAAGACGCACAUCUUCCUCACCCGCCCCCUUCUGGGUCCUCUCGUCUUCGAAAACGUCUCCUCCGAUGCCCGCGACCACUGCGCCAACGAACGCACCUUUCUCUCCUGGCUCCGCCUAGCCAUGUACCUCGCCAUCGUCUCCAUGGCGAUCAUCAUCUCCUUUCAUUUCAAGUCGCAGCCCACCCGCCUCGAGCGCAAGAUGGCCCUCCCCCUCGGCCUGGUCUUCUGGCUGCUGAGUCUGGCCUGUCUGGCCAACGGGUUCGCCAAUUACGUCGUCACCGUGCGCAAGUACUCGCGCAAGGCCGCGCUGGUCCAGGCCGGCUGGAAGACGCAGAUUGUUUUCACCGUCGUCGCCGUCGCCAUUCUCGGUAGCUGUGUUUUGUUUCUCUCGACCGAUCAAUCAUAGAUAGGUACUUUGUGUAUUUAUUUAUUUAUGAGACAUGAUUUAUGCUGUUGGUA